CUGCGUCUCUCUUCACUGUAGGUAGGAUGAAGACCUUCUACAACAUCUACGCCAUCUGUGGCUUCGCCGCCAUCGGCGGUGCGCUUUUCGGUUUCGACAUCUCCUCUAUGUCCGGUGUCUUGGGAACGCCUGCGUAUUCCAAUUACUUUGGGCAGCCUUCGGGUACUCGCCAGGGUGGUAUCACUGCUUCCAUGCCUGCUGGGUCCCUCUUCGGUGCACUUUGCUCAUCCUUCCUGGCCGACCGCUUGUCACGCAAAGUCGCUAUUCAGAUCGCUGCCGCUAUCUGGUGCGUCGGUGCCAUCUUCCAGGCUGCCUCCAAUGGUGUCGCUCUCCUGUGCGUUGGCCGCGUCGUAGGUGGCUUCGCAAUCGGUAUCUGCUCGGCCAUUGUACCAGUAUACCAAAGUGAAAUAGCACCCAAGGAGAUCCGCGGGCGUGUAGUCUCAUUGCAACAGUGGGCAAUUACGUGGGGUAUACUAAUCCAGUACUUCAUCCAGUAUGGGUCCUCUUUCUACGACGGUGGUGUCGACAACCCAUUCCAGCGCACGGCUGCCUUCCGAAUCCCAUGGGGCAUCCAGGCAGUACCCGGUGCUAUCCUCGGCCUCGGUCUCUUCUUCUUCCCGUAUUCUCCACGUUGGCUCGCUUCCAAGGACCGUUGGGAGGAGGCCCUCACCGUCCUUGCCAACCUUCACGGAGGAGGUGACCCCAACCACCCGAAGGUCCUCGCCGAGUACAAGGAGAUCGAGGAUGCUCUUCGCUUCGAGCGUGAGGAGGCUGCCACCAGUUUCGCCGCCCUCGUCAAACCCCGCAUCCUGAAGCGUGUCAUACUUGGUAUGUCUAUUCAGAUGUGGUCACAGCUAUGUGGCAUGAACAUAAUGAUGUACUACAUCGUAUUUAUAAUGCGGGGCGCCGGCAUUGCAGACGAGCUGCUCACGUCGUCUAUCCAGUACAUCAUCAACGUGUUGAUGACCUUACCCGCGAUCCUCUACCUCGACAAGUUUGGCCGCCGCCCAGCGCUCCUUGUGGGCAGCUUCUUGAUGAUGACCUGGCUGUUUACCACUGGUGCUCUCCAAGCGUCCUACGGAGUCCCUAAUCCUGACGAGACGGACAAGGAUAUCUCGUGGGUCGUCCCUCGGCAACACGGGGGCGUUUCCAAGGCUAUUGUUGCAUGUUCCUACCUCUUUGUUGCCUCGUUCGCGACUACUUGGGGCCCAACGUCCUGGACAUACCCCAGUGAGAUUUUUCCGGCAAAAGUGCGUGCAAAGGCUGUUUCUCUGGCAACUGCUGCGAACUGGACCUGGAACUGCAUUCUCGCUUUUGCCGUUCCCCCGCUUCUCUGGAGCAUCAACUGGAAAAUGUACAUGAUCUUUGGAACUUUCAACGGCCUUGCCCUCAUUCACAUGUUCAUUUCAGCACCCGAGACCAAGGGAAAAUCUCUUGAGGAGAUGGACGAGGUGUUUGACAGUGGAAUUCCUCCGUGGAAGACAGGAAAGAUCGAAUCGCGUCUCGACCAGCUCCAGCGCGAUAUCGAGGCCGGCGAUGUCAAGGUCGGAACCAACAAGGGGUCCAGCCAGCUCGAGAGCGUUGCGCACGAGCCCAAGGUCUAGAUGAUCACGGGUCAGUCGGAUGCUGCGACUCUGAUUCUUCGGAAACGAAGGACCAGAGGUGAGUUGUGCGCAGCUGCAGGACUUCUCAAACGACGUUUCAUGGUGCAAUGCCUGUACGUAGCGGGGUUACAUUAUCGUGGUCUUUCUACAAGCCGCGCAAUGACGAAACU